AUGUUUUAUUUAACGCUUAUGACUUGAAUAAAUGAAAUACACACACAUUUUAUCGACUCAAAUGCUACUAAAAUUUUGGAACUACGACAAAAAUUAAAAAAAGAAGUACAAACAACUUCAGCACCAGUUGAUAAAAUCGUUGAAAUUGCUUAUUCCACUAUGAUUACUGAAGAAAAAAUAAAUGACUCAAUUCCAAAGUUGCUAUCUAUUAAAACAUUAAAAAAUACCGUUGGUAAACAACGUCACACGGAUAGACCUUCAUUACCAAAAUAUAUUGAAGAUUUAACUUUUCCACUUCCAACAUUAUAUACAUUAACUAAAGAUAAUGAAAGUUUUCUUUUAUUUGAUGGUCAACUAGAAGGAAAAAGAGGUCUAAUAUUUGCAUCUCAAACUGACAUUCAAUUUUUAGAAAAACAACAUUUUUGA